GUGAAGAUGGUGACUCCGAGGAUUUGAAUUUGGUUGAACAAAACUCGGUGCCUUGUCGUCUGUCAAGGCAUCUUCAAGAAAUUGAAAUUUCUGGAUUUGAGGGUUUGAGUGAUGAGCUGAAGCUGAUAAGAGUACUUUUUGAGUAAUGGUGAAGUAUUGCACGAGUUGGCAGUUAUUUCUGAUUAUUCAAAAGAAGAGCACAAGAGAGAGUUCCUCGAGAAGCCGCUAAUGUUUCCUAGAGGUUCAAGAAAAUGUCGAAUUUUCCUGUCGAAUCGAGUCGGCUCGUGUUGAAAGACUAUGAAUAACAGUAUACAUUCUUGUACAUCAAAUUGAACCAUGGCUUCAAUAUCAAACCAUGAGGGAUCUUCCAAGAAAGUGAAAAAACUUAACAACAAGGGAGAUCGGAUCAGCAGCUUGCCAGACUCUCUACUUGUUCACAUUCUCUCUUUCCUUCCUACAAAAUACGCAGUUGGAACCAGCAUACUCUCAUCAAGAUGGAAACACCUAUGGGCUUCUGUUCCCACUCUAGACUUUGACGGCAAGUUGACAUUUAAACCUCAUUCAGAUAUGACUUCUUCCAACUUCAUGAACUUUAUUGAUCGAGUUCUUUUCAAUCAUGAAUCAUCCUGUAUUCAGAAGUUCCGUUUGAAAUGUAAUGGAAAAACUGAUUUAUUUAGAAUAUAUACAUUGAUAAGUGUAGCCGUAAAGCGUGGUGUUCAAGAACUUGAUAUAUAUAUUGGAUCACCUGGGCAAGAUUUUGACUUACCUAUAAGCCUCUUCACUUGCCCAACAUUGAUGGUCUUGAAACUGGGAUUUGAUGCUAGAUUCAAUGUUCCUUGCUCAGCCUAUUUCAGAAGUCUCAGGAUUCUCCAUGUUUCAAUUUUUUUUCUAGACAAUGACUCGAUGCAAAAUCUCAUGCGUAACUGCCCUGUUCUUGAAGAUCUGUCAAUAGAAGGAAUGGUUCCGAAUAAUAAUGAAGAACUAAUUAUUGAUUUCUCCACCCCUGCUUUGAAGAGCUUAAAACUAGACUUUGCUGCAGAAGAGUAUUCGGGAGUUUAUGGUGACAAAGUUGUGGUCAAUGCACCAAUUCUCGAGUAUCUUAAUCUCCGAGAUGAUUACUUGCCUUGCUAUGUUCUAGGGGACGUAACCUCGCUGGUUAAAGCAGAUGUUGAUGUUGGAAGCUGCUGUAUAAAAAUCGAGUCAACCAAACAACAUGCUGAUCGUGUUCUGGUGAUUCUCAGGGAAAUUUGUACUGUCAAAUAUCUAUCUCUAGGCGCUGGUACCAUGGGGGCUCUCGACUAUGCUCGUGACAAUGAACUGCUUUUGUUCACUAAUUUGAUUCGUUUGGAGCUGCAUGUUAAGGAUUGCUAUGGCUGGAAAAGUCUACUACACUUGCUCAAUAGCAUGCCUAACCUGGUAUAUCUUGUUUUCAAGAAAUCGGAGUGUUAUUAUGAAAAUGAUGAUUCUGAGGAUUUCAAUUUUGUUGAACACGAAGUGGUGGUGCCUUGUUGUCUGUCGAUGCAUCUUCAAGAAAUUGAAAUUUCUGAAUUUAGGGGGCUGAGUGAUGAGCUGAGGCUGAUAGAGUAUUUUCUGAGAAAUGGCAGUGUAUUGCAUAAGAUGACAAUCAAUUCUUGUAAUUCGGUAGAAAAGCAAGAGAGAGAGGAGCUUCUCAAGAAACUGCUAAUGUUUCGAAGAGGUUCAAUAAACUGUCAAAUUUUAUUUUUGUAAGAUCUUUUCUGUCAUGCCAUCACGAGGGGCUUGUAUCUUUAGUUGCACCUGUUCUUUCUGUUUUGAAGGAUCAUGAACUUGUUUUUGUAACAUUUAUUGAUGAGAGUGCAGUAAUUGAUUUUCCCUUUCAAAUUUGGAGAACUUUCAAUAAUCUUUGUUGUAGUGCUUAUUAAUGCGAUUUAUAUGAAAAUUGAAGCAACCAA